UCAUCACAAACCAUCCUCCAAAGAAACAGUUUUUUACUACAAACCGUCUGUCUAUAAACUAUAACUGCAAUUUGCAUGCUCACAUUACCAAGCAAAACCAACUUCUUAUAUCUACUUCAACAUCAGCAGCCAAAUCAUUCAUCGACAUAAAACACAAACGCAAACACACACAUAACGAAAAUGUGUCUACCACUAUUCAGAAAGAAAAAGCAUGAUCGGGUCUACGAUUACCAUCCACAACCAGCCAUGGGCUACUCAAAAAAAUACGGCUAUAACAGCUACGGAUAUUACAACGGCGGCAAGAAGUCACGCAAACAUGGCCGUCACUAUGCCUCAGCUGCUGGUGACUUAGUGGGCGCUUGGGCCGAUUAUAGCGGAGGAGGUCACCAUGGAGGAGGUCAUUGUGAUGGCGGCGGUGGAGGAGGUGGCGGCGCAGAUGGUGGUGGAGGAGGAGGAGGAUGUUCAUAAACUAAUGUGACAUUGAGAUAUGGAGUUUGACAGAUUUGUGUUUCCUCAAGAUAUAGGAUUGGCCAGGGACAUUCGAUUUGUACAGUAUUGCAUUUUAUUAGACCAGCACAACAAUCUGAGAAGCGUUUGCAACUUGA